GCGCGUGUGCCAUGGACUCAGCCGCCCGGUGAUAUUGACAAUAGGAGAGAGAAAGGGGCAUUGACGGGGACCCACCGCGGGUACCAAAGGGCGGCUCUGGCAGCGGCGGCUCCAGCUCCAGCGGCUCCUCCUCCUUCUCCUUCCUUCUCCUGCUGCCGCUGCGGAUCCAGUCUUCCUCCCUCCCUUCCCCCCUCCCCACGUCGUCGCCGCCGCCGCCGGGUCCGGGGCAACGAGCAGAGGCGCCGCCCGCCGGGAAUGUGAGCGAGGAGCCACCGGCGGAGCCGCAACGGGGUCGGUGCCGAUUUGAUGGGACGGGCCCGCGGGGGAGGAUCGUGAGGCUGCCGCCGCCGUCGCCGCCGCGGGAGCUCUGAGGUUCAGGUCCGGCCGUGAGGCCUAGAGGCGCCGCCGCCGCGGAACCGGAGGGACGCCGCGCCGGACAGCCGUCGCCCCGGGCUCCCUGCCGCUGUCCGGACCUCCCCCCCGCACGUCCCGGUCCCGCCACCCGCCCCCGCUGCGGCCCUCACGCUGGUCUCCCGCCCCUCGAAACCACAGAUCAUCUUCGGAUUCUUCUCCAGAAGCUUCAAGUAGGGAUAUGUCCUCAGCACCAACUACUCCUCCAUCAGUGGAUAAAGUAGACGGAUUUUCUCGGAAGUCCGUCAGAAAAGCCAGACAGAAGAGGUCGCAAAGUUCCUCACAGUUUAGGUCUCAAGGCAAGCCUAUUGAGCUAACACCUCUGCCGCUGCUGAAAGACGUUCCAUCCUCAGAGCAGCCUGAACUGUUCCUAAAGAAACUUCAGCAGUGCUGUGUCAUUUUUGACUUCAUGGACACGCUAUCUGAUCUUAAAAUGAAAGAAUACAAGCGCUCCACUCUUAAUGAACUGGUGGACUACAUUACAAUAAGCAGAGGCUGUUUGACAGAGCAGACUUACCCUGAAGUAGUUAGAAUGGUAUCUUGCAAUAUAUUCAGAACUCUCCCUCCUAGUGACAGCAAUGAAUUUGAUCCAGAAGAAGAUGAACCUACCCUUGAGGCAUCGUGGCCACACUUACAGCUUGUAUAUGAAUUUUUCAUACGAUUUUUGGAAAGCCAAGAAUUCCAACCCAGCAUUGCCAAAAAAUACAUAGAUCAGAAAUUUGUAUUACAGCUUUUGGAGCUAUUUGACAGCGAAGAUCCUCGGGAACGGGACUACUUAAAAACAGUCUUACACAGAAUUUAUGGCAAAUUUCUUGGUCUUAGAGCAUUUAUCCGAAAACAGAUUAACAAUAUUUUUCUAAGGUUUGUUUAUGAAACAGAACACUUCAAUGGUGUAGCUGAACUGCUGGAAAUAUUAGGAAGUAUUAUCAAUGGCUUUGCUUUACCUCUUAAGGCAGAACACAAACAGUUUCUGGUGAAAGUGUUGAUCCCUUUACACACUGUCAGGAGCUUAUCACUCUUCCAUGCUCAGCUGGCAUAUUGCAUAGUACAGUUUCUGGAGAAAGAUCCUUCACUCACAGAACCAGUUAUUAGGGGGUUAAUGAAAUUUUGGCCUAAAACAUGUAGUCAAAAAGAGGUCAUGUUCCUUGGGGAGCUGGAAGAAAUAUUGGAUGUGAUCGAACCAUCACAAUUUGUUAAAAUUCAAGAACCUUUGUUUAAACAAAUUGCCAAGUGUGUAUCUAGCCCGCAUUUUCAGGUGGCAGAAAGGGCACUGUAUUACUGGAAUAAUGAAUACAUCAUGAGUUUGAUAGAAGAAAACUCUAAUGUCAUCCUUCCCAUCAUGUUUUCCAGUCUUUAUAGGAUUUCAAAAGAACAUUGGAAUCCGGCUAUCGUGGCGCUGGUGUACAAUGUGUUGAAGGCGUUUAUGGAAAUGAACAGCACCAUGUUUGAUGAGCUGACAGCCACAUACAAGUCAGAUCGUCAGCGUGAGAAAAAGAAAGAAAAAGAGCGUGAAGAACUGUGGAAAAAACUGGAGGAUCUGGAAUUAAAGAGAGGGCUUAGACGUGAUGGCAUAAUUCCAACUUAACAGAAAUGAUGACAGCAACAUCACUAACCUGUGGAGUCACACAUUUAUGUAGUAGAAGAUGGAGCAACAGUUUUCUGUAUUGUGCAACUUUGCAGUAGAUUUCACAUUUGUUUCAUUAUUACAACAGCACUGUAUAUACCUGUCUCUAAGUAAAGGAAAAAAAAUAAGGACUUCAAUCCAAAGUUUGGACAGUAGAUGGACUUCUCAGAACUUUGCAAACAUAAUCAUUGUUCUAACCCUCUUUAAAAAACAAAAAGCAGUCUUCAAAGAUCUGUUGAUGAAAUUGCUAUGUUAAAAUUCUAUUAUCAGGCGUUCCUUAUUUAUCCUUAGCAGAGAGUAUGAAACAAUUUUUAAAUGUGAACAAUCUUAAAUUUAGCUUGUCUUUCUGCUAAGCUGUUAAAUGUAUUUAUAGUAACAGAAGAAAACAAAAGACUGUCAUUUCCUUAUAAGUUUGUAUGACAUCCUCCUCUGGAUAACUUGACUGUAACUUAACAUCUUUUCCUUUUGCACAUCUUCAUGAGUUGAAUGUCCAUGUGGAAGGGGGCCAGGAAUUUUAAAGGUCCCUGAUACAAGUUUUGUUGACUGGAGUGAACAUCUUUCCAGUAACCAGGUAGCCCUGGUACUCCUUUAGUUUUAAAAUUAGGAGUAAAAGAGAAGAGGUGAUAAACAUAGUAGGGAAGGGAAUUUUGGAUUCAUGCAUCAGUUUAUGGUGAAUCCAAAUCAAUGUCUUGAAUCCUUUGAAAACAGGCACUGGGACAUCAUUGACCAGUAUUAGUUGCAUACAUCAUUGAACACACAUACCAGAGAUGUUCGAGAUAUGUCAGAAAACAUCCUUUUGGACCAUUUUGUAAUAAGAAAGACAAACACUAAGCAGUACAACCAUGAAAUUGAUCGCCAGGAUUGUGAAUCUAAUUGGGAAGAGAGUUGAGCAAACAGCUUGGACUGUUUGGAGUUGUUGCCUUACUUUUUAAUAUGUAUUUAUAAAGUAUUCCAGCAAAAGAGGACGUAGCUUCUGGGAAAAAACAAACAUAUUACAGUGUUUUUUGUAGAUUCUCGUUCUAUAUCUCAUCACAGCGCCAGCCCUGUUUUUAGCCAGAAAGGAUUCAGGAUAAACAUUACUAUGCAUUCUGAAUUGGAUGCGUAUUCCUAACUACUGUAUUUGUUACCAAAAGUGGUUCUACAAAUGCUACUGAAAAAAAAAUCUGGAAAUCCCUAAUGUCCUGAGUAUUAAUAAUAAAGUUUAAAAAUGCUUUUAUAUCAAAGGUGCAUUGUGACCAAAUUGUUUAAGAAAAAAACAGAAAACAAAACAAAAUUUAGGGCUGUACUAUACGUAUACCUUAUUGGCUCUCUGCUCUGUAUUUCAAAGAGGAUUCUUACAUCUUGGGGGAUAAAAUGCCAAUGAAAUUUGUGUCCAGUAUGUACUUACCUGAUGCGGUUGCAUUGUUCUGUACUGAAAGAUGCGUGUUUUGGAAGUUAUUUUCAGGAUGCUUUUGCUUGUUAUGGACGUGGCGGCAGUGAGUUGAUAACCCUAAACCAUCCCCUCCAGCAGUAUUCGUGGCAUCGAGCCGAUUCUGUGUUCAUGUACUGAGUUGUGAUAUUAGCAAACAUGAACAUACAAACUGUUGUUGCUCUUAAUAGAAAUAUAGUAUCAAUAUGGACUUGUAUAUUCUCUUCCUUCCACUUAAAUAUAAAGUAGAAUAUGCAGUUUUAUUGUUUCCAAGAAAAAAGGAAAAAAAAAAAGCCGCUGACCUUUCUCCCCUAUGAAGUGUUUCAGGAUUAUCAGGUCACAGUUUGUGCAUAAAAGUAUGCUAAUUAUGGA